GUCAAGAUGCGCGGGAUUUUUGCUAGUGCACUCUCAUCACUGCUGCUGGCUGCGGCCUGGGCAGACCACCACCACGGCUCUAAUGUCUCUCACAGCCAUGAGGGAGAAAUGAGCUGCCAUAAGCUGUCCGCUCCCAAUGCUGACUUUGCCUUUACCCUGUACAAAAGCCUUAGUGCCAACUCUGCUGCCGGAAAGAAUAUCUUCUUCUCGCCCCUGGGCAUCUCCACUGCCCUGUCCAUGCUGUCUACAGGUGCUGGUGGUGAAACCCACAGCCAACUGUUCUCCAGCUUGGGCUACGGCACCUUUAACCAGACUCAGGUCAAUGAAGCGUACGAGCAUCUUUUCCACAUGAUGGGACACAGCCAGGAGCAUCAGCGGCUGGAUGUUGGUAACGCCAUGGCCCUGCGCUCUGGCUUCAGUCCUCUGGAGAAGUUCCUGAAGGAUGUCAAGCAUUACUACUCUGCUGAGAUCUUCAACGUUGACUUUACCAACCCCACUGAUGCUGCAGCUGAGAUCAAUAGAUUCAUUGCUAAUAAAACCCAGGACAAGAUCAACAAUAUGGUGAAGGACCUGGACACUGAGAUGGCCAUGGUGCUGAUUAACUUUGUUUACUUUAAAGGACAGUGGAAGAAACCCUUCAACGGUGAUAUGACACGCAAGAUGAACUUCCAUGUGGACAAGACGACCAAAGUUCAGGUGGACAUGAUGAUGAGGACGGGUUACUACAACACCUACUGGGACCUCGACAACCACACCACCGUCAUCAUGCUGCCCUACGAGGGCAACACUCACAUGAUGAUCGUCCUGCCCAAUGACGGCAAGAUGAAGGAGGUGGAGGACUACAUCAACAAGGACUACGUCAAGCACUGGCAUGACUCAGUCUCAAUGAAAUAUGUGAAUUUGUUCCUGCCAAAGUUCUCCAUCACUGCUGAUGCUCCCCUGGAAAACUCACUGAAAGAAAUGGGCAUAACCAACGCUUUUGCAGACAACGCUGAUUUCUCUGGCAUGUCUGACGUCAAGCUCAAAGUUUCAAAGGCAUCCCACAAGGCUGUGCUGAGUGUCAAUGAGAUGGGAACAGAGGCAGCAGCCACCAGCAUUAUUGAGAUGAUAUUUAUGUCUAAGCCACGAUCAGUCAGUAUUGACAGACCUUUCUUAGUCUUCAUCCUGGAGGACUUCACUGGGAGCAUCCUCUUCAUGGGCAAGAUCACCAAUCCCUUAGCCAUGUAA